CACUGCUGUGGGGUUUUGUUUAGUUUGUUUUUUGUUUUUUAAUAAUCCUGGAAACAGUUUUUUCAAAAUAAACAUUAAACAUUUAAGUGUUUUAGCUUGUUGAAUUAUUUUCUUUUGAGCUUGGUGCAUAUGGAAAUUGUUAGUAUGUACGUACUACAGCAAUGUUCAUAUCUCCUGCAUCAUUGAAGAUUUUAUGUUCACUCACAAGUACAACUUUUUAACAAUUGCUAUGACCAUGUUGACAUGUGGUGAAGCCAGAGGAUUGUCAUCUCCUAAGGAUAUUGUCUAAUCAAACUUCAGGAAUGUUUCUCUUUAAUUCAAGGUAUUGGUUUAUUAGCAAAGGUCGCUCAUAAGCUUUUCCUUUUCAAGAAAUUGCUUAUACAAUAAACUUCAAAAUUCUGGUUUUGGUGUAAAUUUUUUUCUAAAAGCCUAAAGUGGUACCCAGUUGUUACGAGCUAUCUUGCUCUCCUUGCAGUGUAAACAAAGCAUCUUUUUAAUGUUUAUCUUUUGUUUUUACACUUCAGAUUCUGCUUUUAGGAUCAGAGUAACCUUUGAGUUAGGCUUUUAGCACUCUGUAAGUAAAAGUGGGGGAUCCUCUUUGCCUGUCUUAACUGGUUCCUUUUCACAGCUUCCCGUGCUCGUGUACUUCUGUGCAUACUCAGGACCUCAGAGCGUAAGGCGUCUUCACGAGGACACAUGUGUCAGGAUUCCCAAAAAUACUUUUCAUGAUUUGCUUUUUCAAGUUACAUAAUGCAUCAUGAUAACCAAAUAAUACAAUUGUGAGCCCCCACCUGAGUGCAGCUGGUUUUCUUUUUGGCUUGGCUGAAGCCUUCAGUCUCUUCACAGAAAAGAGAUUGUACACAAUUUUCCAUAAGCUUUACAAAAAUGUCUCUUCAGGUUGUAAUAAACCUUUAUCUGCAGUGAGUCACUGCUGAUGUUCAAGGUAGAGUUCAAAUUAUAUUUAUAGAUAUUGGACAUGUGCCACCAUCAUGGAUGUCCUGCAGCAAACACAGCUAACGAGCAAGGUGAUAUGUCAGAAUGUUCCUGCAGCUUCAUCGUGUGACUGUGUGAUGGCAAGUGUGAGAACUAGAAGUUUGUGUUAGAAAUUAUCUCAUACCUUAAGAACAACCGGGCAUAUCUAAAAUCCCACGUAAGUUCUCAGUUUAGAGGGUCAAAAAUCACAGAUACUGCACAGUCUGUUACGAUAAAGGCAAGCCCAGCCUGGGUCACACAGAAGUCUGAUAACGCUGAUGGGAUUGAACCUGUCACACUUGACUUAUAUUCUUGGUAUUAAAUUCUGAAAUGUCUGAAUCUGCAAUUUCUAACUGAUCUGCUCUUAACAAAAAAAGAGUAGCAAAGUAAAAAUUAGAAAAUCACAGUGCUCAAGAGCAGAUCUUGCCUGACCUGGGUGUUUUAUGAUAACGAUGGAAUUCAGCACUUUGGUCUUAACGGUCUUGCAUCUUUCCAGUAUUGUCCUAAUGCUGAAUAGACAUUACAGUAAAAACAGCUUUAACUUUUGUGAGCUCUUCAGAGCUGCCUUUUCUUGCAAGGACAACUUAUUUUCAGCUCCCAGUGCCUUCCCCUCUAGGAAAGUAGACCUCAGUGCGUUAGAUGCACACUAGUGGGACUUAAGAGAAGUUCCAGGUUCAUGGCUACGCUGCAGUGUGCUCGUGAGGGUUGGCGGGGCUCAAGGAGAAUCUCUCAGCUUGAGCCCAAACCUCCUCGGUGGAGGAAGCUGUUCCUCUGUGGGGACACAAACCCCUGUUCAAUAUUCUCAUAGCAUAGAUUCUGGUAGCAUUGACAGCGUACAUGGAAGAACAUUGAGGUGGUGAUCCGCAUCAUCUUUGCCAAAAUACUUUGUUAAUUAAAUAAUACAAGAGAAAUUAGAAAAUGUGAUACCAACUCAUAGCUUUUGGGUGUCUGACCCCACCUUGCUGAAAAAGGAGAUGCACUGUGUGAUGGUUAGUGUCAGUCUUUGGGGGAAGGAGCCAUGCACCUAUGAUGCUAGGCAUGUUUUGUGUUAUAGGCUGUACUGUACUUGGAGUGUCUGUAAUUUAAUACAAAAAUAAGCCACAGCUGUUAGAUAGAUAACCUAGAGGAAGUAAAUUCACGUUUAUUUUUAAAUAGGGGAUGGAUUUUUUUAAUCAUCCAGACUUCAACAAUUAUAGUAGGUAGUCUGAUUAAAAAUUUUGACAUUAGAUACAUGAAAUACAGCUGUUAACAUGAAAAGUUGUUCUCUUUCAGCCAUGACUUGCAUUCCCAAGCUCUGGUUUCUGGCUUGUGACAUAAACUUGUAGCUUUGGUGAUUUAUUCUGUAGUUCAAGAGUGAUUGUGUUUCGGAUGUAAAAAUUAAAGACUCAAAAUACCGGGGGAGUAUUCUACAGUCAUGAAAAAAUAACUAAUGUGAAUGAAAUUUAAUAUAUUAUCAAUAUCCUCAUGCUGCUUUUACAAAACUCAUUGUUUGGUGUAUCCACUCACUUCCAAGAAGAGAAGUGUCACUACUACUCACGAUACCACUCUGACACACGAAAGAUUCCGUUUGCACAAGUGUACUGAGGUCAGAAGAACAAAACUCCGGUGGAGUCUUCAUAACACUGUCAUUAGAGGAAUGUGCUUUGUGGUGGCAGCCAUGUUAAAUAUUACCCUCAGUAAAGUUUCUGUCAAACUACCAUAGCUGUGUGCCUGCUCUAGAACUAAAGAAAACAAAAACCGACUUGGAAGCAGUGAUGGAUGUGUGGCUGUGCCAAGAAUUAUUAAAAAUGGCUGAGAGCUGUAAACUGAGAGUCCUCCAGUCAUUAAUUUUACCUGCCUUGCUAUAGAUUGUAGUUUCUAAGUGGCCUUUUUUGAGUGAAAUGAUUCAAAGGGCCCAAGUAACACUUGUUUCCCUGGUUCAAUUUCCAUGCCUUGGAUGACUGAUGGAUGCCUCAUGGCUGAUCAGGGUCCAGCGGCCAUGUUGUGUUCCUUCUAAAAUGGUGGACGGGCACUUCUCAGAAGUUCUGUGCUUCCAUUUAGUAGCAGCUGCUUGUGCACAUUCAAAUACAUACAUUUAAAAAUACCAUUAAUACAUUUUAAACCUCUUUCACAUGCAUUAGGAUAUUCUACAUCUUUAUGCCAGCCUACUGCUAUUUUUUUUUGUCAUUUCCCUUUUUAAAGUCUUUUUCCAUAAUAAGAGUUUCAAGUAAAUUAUGUCAACAAAGAAAUUGCUAUCCUCCUCAUGCCAUAUUUCUUUCUCUACCUCUGAGUAGCUGUCAAGUGGAAGAGAAGAAUUUAGAGGAUUGCACAGUACGCUGUCGCUGGAUAGGUUCAUUAACUUUUAUGUAUUUGAGGCUGUAUUUCAAUAUAAGUAGAUUCUGAAAGAUGACAAGGGACGUGGUUUGCUUGUAUGUGUCAGGAGGGUAAACUUGAAUGCUUUGUUUCAUGUAGUUGAAAUUCACCCUGAAAAGGGGGUUCAUGAGUUGUUUUAGUGUUUUAGGUUCUUUCUACCUUUGCUUAAGGUAACUAUGAUUAGGAAUUUAUUGAUACAGAUUGCCAGUAGGCAUUUUCAGGGUCAGAUUUCCACAUUUGAACCUUGCCCAUACAUGAGUAACUUUGAGAUAGCGUAGAUAGUUUGUUCUACAUAAAUGUUACAUAAUUGCCCUCCAUCCAGCAGAUACCUCCUCUCAAUAAAAAGAGCAUUUUAUUUUCUAUUGUGAAGGGCAAGUUAGUUUGCUUAAGCAUAUUUCUACUUGAUGCCUGGUUGAUCUUUUUGAAAAACUUCAAAGAAUAUAUUUUUUGUUGUUUCUUCUCGAUGAAUUUGUGGAUUGGGUCUGAAUUUCUUGGGUUGUUUCCAGGUUCUUUAAUAACAGGUUCCUUAAGUGAUACUUUAAUUUUUUAAUAAAAAUAGCUCUAGUAGCACAUGCUGUGAGCUGGGAAUGGUUGGGGUUUUUGUAUUUGUGGGGGGGGGGGGUUNUUGUUUGUUUUUUUUUAUGAGGGCUUUUGUAAUAAAAGCUAGUGCUUGGUCUUGUAGACCUCAAGGUCUAGAUCUUUUAUUUUUAAAUUUAUUUUAAUUCAAGUGUUUUAAUAUCCCAUUUUCCCUACAGACGUGUUGAGGAACUGAUUUACUCACUGUAAGCAAAAUAGCUGCUCUUGGUUGAAGCACUGAAUCCAUUCAGAUGAAGAGUGUCAAAAGGAGUCUGCGAAUGAGACACCAAGAUGGCAGUUCCACUGGGGAAUGAGAGGUUGAGGAAAUGGACUAAAUGCAUGAGUGCUGGGAUGUCUGUCCAAGAAAAGGAUGUUAAAACGUGGACUCUCAUGUUAUUAAACCAGAGAAGAUCUGGGUUGUGAUCAUCCUAUCAAAAUGGACUUUGCAUUUGAAUUAAUCAGUGAUAUCCAGUGAUGGGAUCUGUUUGAGAACUGGGUGGCAAAAUUUUCCUUUUGGGUUGUUUUUGCAUGACAGGCAAAUUAAUUUGGUAAAAGAUCUGUUGCUACUGCUUUCGAGAAAAUGUAAUUUAUAAAGUGACUUUAAAUAAAAGGUUUUGGUUUAUUUCACACUUUGUGUUUGUCCUUUCUGGCUGAAUAUUUUUUACUGAGUUGAUACUGAAGUGGGUUACAUUUUUGGUUGCUAUUAAACUGAGAAAUACUUUAGCUAAGUACUGGAGGCAAGGUAAAAUUUUGUGCUAUACUUGGUAUCAAAUGUGGUUUUCAUUUGCAAAUUAUGUUCACUUUGCCAUGACUUCCAAUGAAUUUUUAUUCGCUGGCUUGUUCAUUCAGGUGCUUAAUAUGAGGGGUUUUCAGUACUUGGCCUAUUGUCAGGGCACUGCUGCUGAACUUUGUGGAGUUAUUUUAAGAUGGAAUUGAUACCAAUUGAAGGCUGAGAAAAUAAGACAAUAAAAAGAGUACUUGAAUGUUUUGUGUAACUUUUUUAGGUAUGUUCUUGGGUUGUGUGUGGGUACAGAAACUUUUCAACAGAUUUCCUGGACUACAGACUUCCUGAGCAGUCUCUUUGGUCUUAAAAUUGUUCUGUGCAAGUGUCCAAUGUGCUUCACUGCUCUUGCAUGUAGCCUUAGUGUCACAAUACUCUGCCAUGUUGGUGAGAGACAAUUAGUUAUUUUUGAUAUGGCUACAGAUGACAUAUUAACCUUUGCAAAUUAAUUCUAAAAUGGUUCUAAUAUUCAAAGUCAUUAUUUCCUUACAGGUGUCUGGGUGGAUCUGAUAAUUUAACUGUAGGCAUUUCUUUUCUGUAUGUUUCACCUGAAACUCAAAGUUGUCUUUGUAUUGUGCUGGAGGGUCAAGAUGGUGAACCUGGUGCUGAGAGAAUCUUGAAAUUGUAUUUGAAAACCCAAACAAAGUCCUGUUCAUUGUCUGUGUUAACCAUUUGCCUUGCUCAGACUUUUUUGGAAAUGCCCAUUUUUGCCAUGAUGAGUUGCUCAUACCUGUUCCAUCCAGCCAUUUUGGUGGUGCACGCUUGCCCCAGUUUGGUUUUGCCAUGUGUUUUUAUGGCGGAGUUGGAUUCUGGGACCACCAUGAAUGGUUCUCAUUCAAAUGAGUGGAUUUCUUUAGUCUUACCAGAAAACGUUUGGAAUGGUCUUGCAUUGUGGUUUUUUAAUUCUUGCACUUGAGAUGCAAGGAGUCUUCUGUGAAUAAUUGGUAAAGUGGAAUUUUUUUCAAUGGCUUGUGGCAUUGGGGAGUUCCUAAUGAAGCCCCUUGUGGAAAGAGGAUGGAUGGUUGUAGGAGAUAAAUGGCAGGGCCCUGGAGGAAUUAAAGGGGAUGUGUUGGUUCUACUGGCCGAAGCCAAUGGUUUUGGGCUGUUGGGGUGCUGAGCCAUGGAUGUUCCCACAGAACCCCAAACUAGCCCAUUGCCCCUUUGUCCUCCAGUGGUCCCCCAGUGGCUGGUGGCUCUUGUCUUGUUGUGAUGCUUAUGAAUAUGCAAGAUGUUCUUGUGCUUUGAGGGGUUGGUUUUGGUCGUGGAAGACAACUGGUAGUCAGAAUCAGGUGGUCAGGGGGUACUUGGAUCACCUCCAUUCCUUGGUGAUAGAUCCUCUCAAUUCCAGGAUGUCGUGUUGGAGAUGUCCAUUGAUUGAUUUGCAGUUGUGCAGCUUGGCUAUUGUGCAGCUUUAAAAUUAAUUUGUUCUGUUAAAAUCUGUUAAUGAGCAUGAAUGGGUUAAGAAAGUGCAUUAGAAACGAGCAGUUUGGUGGUGUUGGACUGCCUUGGGCGCAGUGCCUUGGUGUAGCUGGUGGCAGUGCUGUGGCUGCUGCAUUUGAGUUGUUGGGGGAACCACUAGGGAGGCGCUGUGGAGCUGCAGGGCAAUCUCAGCUCUGUGGGCUUGGCUUGGGAGUGGCUAAUGCUGCUGUCCCCCCCUGCCAGUGCAGCACUGGGGGGCAGAGGGAAGAGCUCUUGUCUGGGGGUUCUGCCUCCAAACUGGGGGGAAGCUGCCCCUUGGGUGGGGUGACCCCAGGGUGGGCUGCUGCUGCCUGCAUGGCUGUGAGCUCCACUUUCAUGCCUUCAAAAUGGCUUGUAACAGCACCACUUCCUGUCCAGGGAGGAAGUAAUUUUAGCCCAGGCACUGAAAUAUUUAACAAAUCUUUAAAACAAAAGGCACAAAUUCCAUUUCUUUCUGGCUUCCAAAGGGUGCCUGAGCCACAUGGGGUUAAGGUGCCCCUUGAGCUGGGGUAGUUGGAAGGAGCCAGGGCUGUGGGGUAGCAGGCACCCUUUAGGUGGAGGCUCUCUCUUUUUUUGGUAGAAAUGAAGGGGUGGGUCUAUGGUACAUCACCUGAGUUGUGGGGUAAAUGUAGAGAGUGUCAAUCAAAGGCAGAGCUCAGAGCUGGGAAGGAGCUCUAGAUGGCGGCUGUGCCUUAGAGAGAGCGCGCUCAGCUCCGUGCCUUCCCCAACACUUUACGCAACUUUCCCUAACUUUCAGGCAGCCUCAGGGGGCCCCCACAGCCCCUUGCCUCUCCUAGGCACUAAUCGGGGGCCGAGCGGACCUUUUUCGGGCAGAAAAGCAGCUUUUGAGGGCUCCCUUUUCGUGCCUUGCUGGAAAGAAGAAGCCGUGGAGAGAGCCCAGGUCGUUGUUUUUCCAGCUUAGAAGCCAUGGCGUACCUCCAUUUUUGUGCGCUCUCCUAAUGAGCUUUUUCCCCCGGACAUUUUUGUACUAAUUACCGCUUCUUUUGCUUUAUCGGCAGCAUAUUUUUGGGAUUAGAAUAUAUAUUUUUUUUUCAUUUUCUGAAAUUUGUAUUUUAUCGGUAUAAUUACAAAUAUUUUGGAUCCGAUGUUUUUCCACUACCCGAAACUAAUAUCGACUUGGUCCUGGCGGCGGUGCAUGGAUCAGUAAAUACCUGGGCACAGGACUUCAAAGCAAACAGACACCCCUGACCCCCUUUUAAUAUUUAAGAAUAAAAAGAUGAUGAGAAAUAAGGACAAAAGCCAAGGAGAGGAGGGUUCAGUCCACAGCAAUGCAUCGAGUCACUCGGCAUCCGAAGAAGCCUCUGGCUCUGACUCUGCAAGCCAGUCUGAAAGUGAGCAGGGCAGCGAGUCAAACAGCAGCUCCGAGUCCUCUGAGAGUCAGUCUGAAUCCGAAAGUGAAUCAACGGGUUCCAAAUCCCAGCAGACCCCUCCUGAAACCAAAGAAAAACCAGCCUCUAAGAAGGAAAGGAUAGCAGAUGUUAAAAAGAUGUGGGAAGAAUAUCCUGAUGUUUAUGGGGUUAGGAGGUCAAACCGAAGCAGACAAGAACCGUCACGAUUUAAUAUAAAAGAUGAGGCAAGUAGCGAGUCUGAAAAUGAGAGCCCAAAAAGAAGACGCCAGAAGCAGUUGAAAAGAAAAAUCAAAUGGAAAAGAGAGGUUUCUGCUGGAGAAGAGGAUGAAGAUGGAGGGGAGCAAGGCACCAGUGGAGAGAGUGAGCCUGAGCCGAAGAAAAUUAAAGCAAGAAGACCUGUCCAGAGGAGAACAGUGGCCAAAGCUGGUGUUAAAAAGCCCCACAAAAUCCAGCGUGGGAAGAGGAAGAAACCAGACUCGUCUGAAGAUGACGAUGAUGACGAAGACGAUGAGACCCCCAAGAGACAAACUCGGCGAAGAGCAGCCAAAAAUGUCAGCUACAAAGAGGAUGAUGAUUUUGAGACGGAUUCUGAUGACCUGAUAGAGAUGACUGGGGAAGGAGCUGAUGAACAGCAAGACAACAGUGAAACUAUUGAGAAAGUCUUGGACAUCAGGCUUGGAAAAAAGGGAGCCAUUGGAGCUUCCACCACCGUGUACGUGACCGAGGCCAACGGGAACCCCAGCGCCGACUUCGACCCCGAGAAGGACGAGGGGGAGGUCCAGUACCUCAUCAAGUGGAAGGGCUGGUCAUACAUCCACAGCACGUGGGAGAGCGAGGAGUCCCUGCAGCAGCAGAAAGUGAAGGGCCUCAAAAAGCUGGAGAACUUCAAGAAAAAAGAGGAGGAGAUCAAGCAAUGGCUGGGCAAGGUAUCACCUGAAGAUGUAGAAUAUUUCAACUGCCAACAAGAGCUGGCUUCAGAGCUAAACAAACAGUAUCAAAUAGUGGAGAGGGUAAUAGCUGUGAAGACCAGCAAGUCUGCCACAGGACAUUCCGAUUUCCCAGCAAACAGUCGCAAAACAUCCUCGAAUGACCCUGAAUACCUGUGCAAAUGGAUGGGGCUGCCCUAUGCUGAGUGCAGCUGGGAAGAUGAGGCUCUGAUCAGCAAGAAAUUCCAGCACUGCAUCGACAGCUUCAACAGCAGGAACAACUCCAAGACCAUUCCCACCCGUGACUGCAAGGUGCUGAAGCAGAGGCCGAGGUUUGUUGCCUUGAAGAAGCAGCCCUCGUACAUCGGCGGGGAGAACCUGGAGCUGCGCGAUUACCAGCUGGAGGGCCUCAACUGGCUGGCUCACUCCUGGUGCAAGAACAACAGCGUGAUCCUGGCUGAUGAAAUGGGACUGGGCAAGACCAUUCAGACAAUAUCAUUCCUGUCAUACCUGUUCCAUCAGCACCAGCUCUAUGGCCCUUUCCUGGUGGUGGUGCCCCUGUCCACCCUCACCUCCUGGCAGAGGGAGUUUGAAGUGUGGGCCCCCGAGAUAAACGUGGUGGUUUACAUUGGAGACCUCAUGAGCAGGAACAUGAUACGUGAAUAUGAGUGGAUCCAUUCUCAGUCUAAAAGAUUGAAAUUCAAUGCACUUAUCACAACCUAUGAGAUCCUCCUGAAGGAUAAGACUGUCUUGGGAAGCAUUAACUGGGCCUUUCUGGGUGUGGACGAAGCCCAUCGGCUGAAAAACGACGACUCCUUGCUCUACAAAACCUUGAUUGAUUUCAAGUCCAACCACAGGCUGCUGAUCACCGGCACCCCCCUUCAGAACUCUCUCAAGGAGCUCUGGUCCCUGCUGCACUUCAUCAUGCCAGAGAAGUUUGAGUUCUGGGAGGAUUUUGAGGAGGAUCACGGGAAAGGAAGAGAGAAUGGCUACCAGAGCCUUCACAAAGUCCUGGAGCCGUUCCUGCUGCGUAGGGUGAAGAAGGAUGUGGAGAAAUCCCUGCCAGCCAAAGUGGAGCAGAUCCUGCGGGUGGAAAUGUCUGCUCUGCAGAAGCAGUACUACAAGUGGAUUUUGACAAGAAACUACAAAGCUCUUUCAAAGGGAACAAGGGGAAGCACAUCUGGUUUCCUGAAUAUUGUGAUGGAAUUGAAAAAGUGCUGCAACCAUUGCUACCUUAUCAAACCUCCUGAGGAAAAUGAGAGAGAGAAUGGCCUUGAGACCCUGCAGUCUUUGAUCAGGAGCAGUGGAAAGCUGAUUCUCUUGGACAAGCUGCUGACCAGGCUGCGUGAGAGAGGCAACAGAGUGCUGAUCUUCUCCCAGAUGGUGAGGAUGCUGGACAUCUUGGCAGAGUACCUGACUAUCAAACACUACCCUUUUCAGCGCUUGGACGGCUCGAUCAAGGGGGAGAUCCGAAAGCAGGCGCUGGAUCACUUCAACGCCGACGGCUCCGAGGAUUUCUGUUUCUUGUUGUCAACAAGAGCUGGAGGGCUGGGAAUUAAUUUGGCCUCUGCUGAUACUGUUGUUAUCUUUGACUCGGACUGGAACCCCCAGAAUGAUCUUCAGGCUCAGGCCCGAGCCCAUCGGAUCGGACAGAAGAAGCAGGUGAACAUUUACCGCCUGGUCACCAAGGGGACAGUGGAGGAGGAGAUCAUUGAGAGAGCCAAGAAGAAAAUGGUGCUGGACCAUUUGGUUAUCCAGCGUAUGGACACCACUGGCAGGACUGUUCUGGACAACAACUCUGGGAGAUCCAACUCAAAUCCCUUCAACAAAGAGGAGCUGACAGCUAUUUUGAAGUUUGGAGCUGAAGAUCUUUUCAAGGAGCUGGAAGGGGAAGAGUCAGAGCCUCAGGAGAUGGACAUCGACGAGAUUCUGCGUCUGGCUGAAACCCGGGAGAAUGAGGUGUCCACCAGUGCCACCGACGAGCUGCUCUCACAGUUCAAGGUUGCCAACUUUGCAACCAUGGAGGAGGAAGAGACAGAGCUGGAUGAGCGGUCCCAGAAGGACUGGGACGAUAUCAUUCCAGAAGAGCAGAGGAAAAAGGUGGAGGAGGAAGAAAGGCAGAAAGAAUUGGAGGAAAUCUACAUGCUGCCUCGAAUCCGGAGCUCAACGAAGAAGGCUCAGACAAAUGACAGUGAAUCUGAUGCAGAGACCAAGAGGAGGCUUCAGAGAUCAUCUGGGUCAGAAAGCGAGACCGACGACACCGACGACGAGAAGAGACCCAAGCGCCGGGGACGCCCUCGGAGUGUCAGGAAAGACACCGUGGAAGGAUUUACUGAUGCUGAAAUCAGGAGGUUUAUCAAGGCUUACAAGAAGUUUGGAUUGCCUCUUGAAAGGCUGGAGUGCAUUGCCCGGGAUGCUGAGCUGGUGGACAAGUCUGUGGCUGACCUGAAGCGUUUGGGGGAGCUCAUCCACAACAGCUGUGUGUCAGCAAUGCAGGAAUAUGAGGAGCAGCUGAAGGAAAAUCCAGCAGAAGGGAAAGGACCUGGAAAGAGACGAGGUCCUACCAUCAAGAUUUCUGGUGUCCAAGUCAAUGUGAAAUCCAUCAUCCAGCACGAGGAGGAGUUUGAAAUGCUGCACAAAUCCAUUCCCUCGGACCCAGAGGAAAGGAAGAAGUACCGCCUGACGUGCCGUGUCAAAGCUGCUCAUUUUGAUGUAGACUGGGGAGUGGAGGAGGAUUCUCGCUUGUUGGUGGGAAUUUACGAGCAUGGCUAUGGAAACUGGGAGCUGAUUAAAACAGACCCGGAGCUGAAGCUGUCUGAUAAGAUCCUACCAGUUGAGACAGAUAAGAAACCUCAGGGAAAACAGCUCCAGACCCGAGUUGAUUAUCUACUGAAACUGCUGAAAAAAGAUCUGGACAAGAAAGAAAACAUGAAAGAUGGGGAAGAGGGCAAGCUAAAGAAGAGGAAACCCCGAGUGAAGAAGGAGAACAAGGCUCCUAAAGUCAAAGAUGAGCAUGGGAAUGAGCUCUCCUCUCCUCGGCACUCAGACAACCAGUCAGAAGAGGGUGAAGUCAAGGAGGAUGGCUUGGACAAGAGCCCAGUGAAAAAGAAACAGAAGAAGAAAGAGAACAAAGAGAACAAGGAAAAACAGACAUCCUCUAAGAAAGAAAAGGAGAGCGAUAAGGAGAAAAAGAAGACAAAAGACAAGAAAGAGAAGCCUAAAGGUGCAGAGGCCAAAUCUGGAAGUAAAGGGAAGAGAUCACAGGGUCCUGUCCACAUCACUGCAGGGAGCGAGCCAAUCCCCAUUGGAGAAGAUGAGGAUGAUGAUCUGGACCAAGAAACAUUCAGCAUAUGCAAGGAAAGGAUGAGACCAGUCAAAAAAGCACUGAAGCAACUUGAUAAGCCUGAUAAGGGACUGACAGUCCAAGAACAGCUGGAGCACACACGAAACUGCCUCCUGAAAAUCGGUGAUCGCAUCUCUGAGUGCCUUAAAGCCUACACUGACCAGGAUCACAUCAAGCUGUGGAGAAGGAACCUAUGGAUAUUUGUCUCAAAAUUCACAGAAUUUGAUGCCAGAAAACUACACAAACUCUACAAGAUGGCUCAUAAGAAAAGAUCACAGGAAGAGGAGGAGCAGAAGAAGAAGGAGGACAUGUCCAGCAUGAAGAAGCCAUUCCGCCCAGAGCCGUCAGGCUCCAGCCGCGAUUCCGUGAUGUCCCAGUCCCACGUGCCUCACAAUCCUCACUCCCAGAAGAUCCACAUGCCCCCUUCCCACACCCAGCAGCAGAUGCACGGCCACCCCCGGGACAACUACGGCCACCCAAACAAGAGACAUUUCAGCAACACAGACCGAGGAGACUGGCAGAGGGAUCGAAAGUUCAACUACGGCGGCAACAGCAACCAGAUGUGGGGCGGGGAGAGGCACCAUCAGUACGAGCAGCACUGGUACAAGGACCACCACUACGGGGAGCGGCGCUCGCGGGGGGACCCCCACCGCAGCUCCGGCAACUACCGACCAAACAACCUGUCCCGCAAGCGGCCCUACGAGCAGUACAACAGUGACCGCGACCACCGCGGCCACCGCGACUACUACGACAGGCACCACCACGAUUCCAAACGCCGGCGGUCCGAGGACUUCAGGCCUCAGAACUACCACCAGCAGGAUUUCAGGAGGAUGUCUGACCACAGGCCACCCAUGGGCUACCACGGGCAAGGACCCUCGGACCACUACCGGUCCUUCCACACAGACAAACUGGGCGAUUACAAACAGCCCCUCCCUCCAUCCCACCCUCCGGUGUCGGACCCUCGCUCGCCCCCCUCGCAGAAAUCCCCCCACGAUUCCAAGUCACCUCUUGAUCACAGGUCACCUCUGGAUAGGUCAUUGGAACAGAAAAACAAUCCAGAUUAUAACUGGAACAUUCGGAAAGCGUAGAGCGACCGAGAGGGCGAAGGGCACGUCCGAGAUCCUGGGACUGGUGCGACGGUGGCUGCUUUCUCUAAGCCAGCAACCAGAAACUCUGAACAUGCUGCUAUCAUCUGGCUGGGUCAAGGAGGAAUUUGGGGGAGUGGGUGGAGGAAGAUUUUCCCUAGUUCUUGAUUCUGGUUUAGAUUCCCAUUUCCUUUCCCCUUUUUUACCAUUGAACUGUUCUGUCAUGGAACCAGCCUUGCUGCCUCGUUUGUUGUUUUGUUUUUGUUUUCCUCAGUCCAAUGGACCCAAGGGAGUUUUUCCCCAGCCAGUGUUUCCUCAGAAGAAGGCAGAUUGAUGCUGCUUAGGAUGGUGCAGAAGGCUGUGUGCCUGCUCUGACUUGAUGUUACGUGACAGAUGCUGCUUUGGGGUUGGGGAUAAACUGGUUGGGCUGGGAUUUGUGUGUCACCAGCAUGGUGCAAUGGGAAGAUAUGUUCAAGGAGGGACAGGAAAGUCCCUCAGCAGCCACACUUGGUUGAAAGAGGGCCUUGAUGUCCCUGCAGAAUGACUCCAAAGGAGCUGGAGCCAUGCUGGUGACAAUCCAUCACUUUCCUGGCCAUGUUAUCAUUUUCGUGUCUUUAUCCAUUUCAAGAAACUGGCUCUGCUUUGAUUGCUGUUGUGUCCCCUGCAACAGAAGAGGUGGGGGGAUCUUCCUCCCUUCUCCAGGGCUGGAACUGGCAAAUCUUGACUCUGGGGGUAAGUGUGAGCUGGGAAAAAAAGGCCAGCAAAAGGCUUAGUUCACUUCUAACCAUCAGGAAAGAAAUUGGGAUGAGAACAGUAUUUCCCAGUGGACAGGGCUCAGAAGUUCAUAACAAAACUCUUCUCUUCUGGCAUGGGCAGCUUGGGUGGUCCAGGAACUAAUAGAUGCUGGCUGGGAGGUGCAAGAUCAAAAGAUGGCUCUGGGGAUACUGGAACUCCUAAUCUUCCUGCCUCUGGUCUUUGGGCAAAUCAUUUCUCUCUGUGCUUCACAAAGCAGUGAUCACAAACCUUUACUGUGACUGAAGGAUAGGGGAUGUAGAGCAAAGUGAAAUAGGAAUCCAGUGGAGUGAUCACUGCUCAGGGAAUGGUCACCUUCCAGCAGUCAGCAGUGACUCUGAAUUGCUAAAAGUACCUGCACUUAUAGACCUUUUGUUUGUCUAAAUUGGAAAUGAACCUGAGGACUUUGCACCUCAGUGAGCAGGGACAGAAUGAGGAAUUCCUUGGAGCAAAUGUCUUAGAGCCCAGCGUGGCAGAGGGAAAAGAGGAAUGUGCAGCCCAGCUCAGUGAACUUCAGGGCAAACACUCCAAGUAUUCAAACCACAGUAUUUGUUGCAAACCAGCAUCCAUCCUGGACACUGGUGUGGUGAGGGGUUGGUGUGCACAUCCUGCUGGCCAGAAGCACCUUGGGUGAUAAUUUUUCAGGUUGGAGUUCCCUGGAGACCACAAAGGCUGCCCUGAGCGUGGUGUCGGGGGCUGAAUCACCAUCACCACCCAGAGCUCAGUAUUAAAGACCAGGCUGUUCCAGACUCCUGUUUGGCAGGGCACAGAAGCUGGGCCUCCUAUUAAGAUGCCAGUAUUUGACUCUAAUAAGCUGUGAUGUCCCUUCCCCAAAGGACUGAGGGCAGAUGGGUGUUCAGGGCUGGCUUCCUGACUCCAGGCAGUGCCUUGGAAGGUGCAUGCAAACUGACACUAAAACUCCUCCAUGCAGUGUAUCCCUGGAAAUCUGCUGCCAUCACUCCUCCCCAUCCCGCUGCUCCAAGGGGACACACGGGAAGUGUUUUGUUCCCCUUUUGUUUUUAUGUUGCAAGAUUUCCACCGAAUUCAGGGCAGUUUUGUUUCCUUGGGGCACCUGCUGCCCUGAUAGUGUUACACUUGUGUUUACCUGUGCAGGGUGAGGUGAAGGCAAGUCUUCCACAGUCCCCCUCGAGGGGUGGGAGGUGUGGAGAGAGCACCUUUCCGUGGUGUUUCCCACUAAGCUGUGAUUGCAGGCUGUGCAAUCUCAACAAAGAGGUCCUUUCUUUUCAGAGGUAUUAGCUUUUAAUGUGAAAAUGGAGGUGGCCUCAGAGGGGCAAAGAGAAUUGCUGUUUUUGUCACGGUGCUGUCACGGUGGGAAGUUUGUGCCAUACUCGUGUAGCAAAGGCAAUACUGGCAACCAGUGUGAGGGGCUGGUGCAGGAGAACUUUGGAUCCCAGCAAGAGGCAUUUUCUGUGUUGAGAUGUGGGGGUUUUCUGCUUAUCUGAGGUUGGUUGGGAUUUCCUUCUUGUGCAACAGCAAAAGCUUUACCCAUAUCCACUGGAGAGCUGUCCCCACUGUCACUUUAGCCUGAUGUUGGAGUCACAUCACGUCCACUCAUGAUGGGUGAAUGUUUGCUGGGUUUGGCUUUAGUGAACCUGGAGAAGGAGAUUUGGGAGAAAGUCUUCCCUGAGCACACACACACACACUUAUGCAUUUUAUGUCCCCUCAGCAUAGGGACCACAACCAAACACAGUCAUGGGGACAGGAGUGGGAUCAGAGGGGACACAUCCACAGCCAUGAACUUCCCUGUGGUGUUUGUGACAGCUUUGGUACAGCUCUUCCUUCCUAACCACCUGUGGGAUUCCCUCCAACCUCUUUGCAGAAAAUAGCAGUAACUUGCUGGGGUUCAAUUUAAAUUUAAAAAAAAAAAAAAAAAAAGAGUUGUUCAGCCUGACAGCUUUGGAAAUGGUGUAAAGUUACGAGUUCACAUGGUGGAAAUCCUGCAGACCAAAACUUGCUGUGGGGACAGGCAAUGUGGUCCCAACCAAAAUGGACACGGAACCGAGUGCUGAAGUCCUUGUGUGAAUGGUUUGUGAUCCACACAAAAAUAUUUUUCUGCUUUCACCCGUUUCCUCCCCACCUCUGCCUCCCCUCAGGGGAGAGGAAGGACUCUUACUGUAAAAAUACGGACUUUUAAACCUGUUGACUAAAAACAGUAAUUAAUAUUAAUUUAUAUUUGUGAAAGAAAUGCCACUGUCCUAGUGAUUUCUGAUGUAAAUAUGUUGUUUAUAUAGUAUGUAUGAAAUUUUCCUACAUUGUAAAACUGCUGUACUUUUGAUUCUUGUAUAUUAAAAAGUGUUACUGAGAUUUUCA